AUGGUAAGAGAAAGGUCGAGGAUGUGGCAUUUGAAGCUAAAUGAAGCAUUAUGGGCUUAUCGAACUUCACUCCGAUCAACCACCAGAACAACUCCAUAUGCCUUAACAUAUGGACAGGACGCAAUAUUACCGGUUGAGCUUAGUAUAAAUUCGUUCCGAGUAAUCGAACAGAGUAGUUUGAUUAGUGCCGAAUGCAGUCAGGCCAUAAGGCAGGAGUUAGAAGAAUUGAAGGAAAUGCAACUUGACGCUUAUAACUUAUUAGUGGCGCAGAAAAAGAUUGCCGAGCGAGCCUAUAAUCAAUGGGUUAGACAGAAAACGUUUGGCAAGGGAGAAUUAGUUUGGCAAAUUGUGCUACCCGUAGAAAUUAAAGACCCCAGGUUCGGUAAAUGGUCGUCGAAUUGGGAAGGGUCGUUCAUCGUACAUAAAGUUCUCGACAAGGGAGCAUAUCAUCUUAGAGAUCGGACUGGUUUAAUUCACAAAUUACCAAUCAAUGGGAAAUUUUUAAGGAAGUAUUAUCCGGUCAUGGGGGAAAUGCAAGAAUAG